AUAUUAAUUUCAUGGUUGACGAUUGAAACAAAAACCUCCCAACUCCCUUAGAAAAAAGUGACACCAAAUUAAGCUUCUCCCGACCCCCACAAGAGAAAAGACUUCUAUUUCUGUCUUAGUUUUCUGUAGCAGCUGAUCAUCCAUAGAAGAUCUUGAAAGCAGAAGCAGAUUUCUUUAUGGGCUAUUCUUGCAUCAAGAAGCUCUUUAGCUAAAGGAUAGACAAUAUGGAUGAAGAACCAAUGGAACAUCACGAAGAAACAAUAAUCAUGACAAGUGAUGAGUCCAUUGAUCUGAAUGAAGAAGUUGCUGAUGAAGCCAUUGAGGUUAUGAGUGUGGAAAGUGAGAAAAUAGCACAAGGAAAUAAUAGUCGCUGUGGAAAUGAAAUUAAUAACAAGAGCAGAGUGAGACAAUAUGUAAGAUCAAAAAUGGCAAGGCUUCGAUGGACUCCUGAUCUUCAUCUCUCUUUUGUUCGUGCCAUUGAAAGACUUGGUGGUCAAGAAAGAGCUACUCCAAAAUUGGUUCUUCAGAUGAUGAAUGUGAGAGGACUCAGCAUUGCCCAUGUAAAAAGUCACCUCCAGAUGUAUCGAAGCAAGAAACUUGGAGAAUUUGGACAAGUACUAGGCCAUGGUCAUAGAGCAAUGCAAGGAAGAAGUUAUCUCUAUGGAAAUUUAAGCCAAAGAUUAUUUAACCCUCUUCAUGACUUCAAAAUGAAGAAUGGUGCAAUUGUGUUGGCAAGGAAUUUUAACGACGAUGACAACGUUAACAAUCAUUUCCAAAAUUCAUUUGCUAGUCGACAUGACACAAAGGAAAUAUUCUCCAGAUACUUGGGAUGGUCUUUCAAUCAAGGAACCAAUUUGUACAGAAAGAAAAUCUUGGAAAACCAUGAAAUUGGUCCUGUUAGGCAAAGACAUUUUCUUGAAGAAAAGAGGUGGCCUCCAUGUGAAUUCAAUCAAAAUAAGUUGAAUUCUCAAUCUUUAUUUCAUCAAACUCAGCAUACAGGACCAACAUCAUUUGGGGCAAGCAAUUUUGUACAAGUGCCAAAAUGGAGUUGCAGAUAUAAGAGCCUUGAGCCAAGAUUUAAGACUCCUCUUAGAUUUGAGAUGAAACAAGACGAGAUGUUCAUUAGAGAAAAAAAUUGGUUCCCUGAUUUGCAAUUGGGAUUGACCAGAAGUGAAGACAAUAAUAUUAAGGAGCAAAUUAUGCACCAUAAUGACAAGAAGAUGGAGUACUCAGAUAUAAACACAAUGCUCUCUCUUUCUUUGCCUUCUUAUUCAUCAAGUGCAACCUAAGAGAUGACCCCAUGCAGUGAUAGCAAAUAGGCAUGUCAGAUCGGAUAUGAGCGGGUUGAAAACGACUUUGACGAAAAUGGACAAAAUAUUCGACCCGCCCAUAUUAAUAUGGACUUAAAAUGAGUUGAGUGACGGAUAAUAGAAAGUUGAUUAGCUUGAUAUAUACUUUGUUGAUACAUAGAUAAAGAACAGCCUAGGUAGGAGGCUAGUACUUGAGAUCUGACCAUGUAUGCAUAUUCUAAUCAAAAGGGUCCAAUUGCAUAAGAGUGAGAUCUCCUAAGUGCUUGCCUUAUAGGCCGUUAGGGUUUAUGUUGUUUUGGAUUUUUCAGAAGCAUUAUCGGUUGUGUGUCAGAUCCUCCAAAAGUUAUGUCCUUUUUGAAAAUUCGACGCGUACGAGUGCAUCAAUUUUUUUGAAAAGUUCGAGCAACAUAGGUU